AUGAGGUUCAAUGCUAAAGAUCUGGCCUGGGUGGCCAGGAGACCAUCAGGUUGUUUUGACAAGGAAGGAAAACUGAAGAUUUGCAGAAUGGUCGGGGAUGAAAAAUUAAUCGAACCGAGAGAGAGAUGGUGCCGACUGAAAGGAAAUCUGCUUUUUUUAAUGAAAAAUAAGAGUUCUGAAGCUGCUGAAGUGGUAAUCCUGGAGCGCUGCUGGAUUGUGGAGUUCAGGACUAAAACAGAUGUUUCAAUAGUUCUGAAGUUUCAGAGCGGAGAACCGGAUCUUUACCUCGAAGCUGCAUCAAAGCCAGACUGUGAAUCUUGGGCUGUGGCACUGGGAGAGGCAAACUCGGAAGGUUUGCAGAAUAAAAUUCAACAGCUCCGGAGGCUGAUCAUGGAAAUCAAAGAGGAGAGAUCAUCAGAUGAAGCGCAACAGUUUCUCCCUUCAUCCCAAGCAGACAGUCUAGGAGAGCCACAGUUCACAAGUAUUCAGAGAAUUGCAAAUGAGCCAAAGCUGGAAUUCAGUCUUGCAUGCAAGGAUCUAGUGGCUGCUACCCGUGAUCGGAAGCUGAAUACGUUUGUACAAGUCUCAGUGGUACAUCCAGCAGAGCACAUUUUGACGAGGUAUUCAAGCACUGAAAUCGUGGAGGGUACAAGAGAUCCACUGUUUUUGACUGGUGUGACAUUCCCACCGGAAUACCCCAUCUAUGAGGAGACUAAAAUAAAACUAACAGUCUAUGAUGUCAAAGAUAAAUCUCAAGACACGGUCCGCACCAGUGUCCUACCUGAUCACAAGGACCCAAGAGCAGAUAUUGGACGAAGCUUCCUUGGCUGUACAACUUUUAGAGUAGGAGACUUGGUGAAGUCAAAGGAGCAACAGUUGACCCUUACCCUCAGGACUUCUGAUGGUGGAAAGACAGUUGGUACCAUUGAAGUCAAUCUUGUGAAGAUGGGAGAGCUAGAGGAUGGGGAAACAGACAACAUUGAAACAGACGCCCAGGAUCAAAAGUGUGUGUUGGUUCGUGAAUGCACAGCCACUGACGGCCUAAGUGGCAAAGACAACUUGCCUUCAUUAAACGCGGUGUUAAAAAACCCAAUUUGUAAGUUAUAUAGAUUCCCUACUUCUGACAACAAGUGGAUGCGAAUCCGGGAACAGAUGGCUGAGACCACCCUCUCUUUCCAUGUUCCUAAAGAACUGAUAAAUCUGCACAUAAAGGAGGACAUGCGAAGGAAUCAAGAACUUAAAGACUUGGGAGAACUUGCUCCUCACUGGGACAACAUGCGAAAAAGUGUUAUUGCUCACUGUGAUCAGAUGUUGAGCAUGUACCAGGAUACUCUUGCAGAGCUUGGGAAGCAUGCAGGUUCUUCCUUCAAAUCAAGCUGUAGUAAAGGAGAAAAAACAUUAGAAUUCAUCCCAAUAAAUCUUCAUCUGCAAAGAAUGCACGUGCAUAGUCCUCGAUUGAAAGAUGGUCUAUAUGAUGUCAUUACUGUGGGAGCCCCGGCAGCCCAUUUCCAAGGAUUUAAGAAUGGUGGUCUCCGAAAACUGCUGAGUAAAUUUGAAGCAGAAAGAAGAAAUACUGGAUACCAGUGUAUUUACUAUUCACCUGAAAACACAGCCAAGGCAAAAGAAGUACUCAGCAACAUCAAUCAUCUACAGCCUCUCAUAUCAAGCCAUGCAGACCUGCUGCUUAAUUCUGCAAGCCAGCAUUCUCCAGACAGCCUGAAGAAUUCUUUAAAGAUGCUUUCAGAAAAAACAGAGUUAUUUGUGCAUGCAUUUAAGGAUCAGCUGGUCAGAAGUGCCCUUUUAGCACUGUACACAGCCCGGCCUGGCUGUGUCCUCAAGAAACCGGCUGUGCCUAGAAACACUGCAGAAGAGGGGAGUGAUUUACAACAUCAGGAUCAUCCUUCUCAGAUUACAAGACAGGACUCUAUACCACAUCAUUCUGAGUAUGAUGAGGAAGAGUGGGUAACAGUAUGGGCUUUUUUUGGCAAGGCUUUGAAUGUCUGUAUUAUUGCCAUGGUGGACAGACUGCUUGAAAAAGACAACAUCAGCACUAAAGAGGGUGACAAUGACCCUUCAGCAGCAGAUUGCAAGGUGUUGCAUACAGGUGGUGACUGGUAUGACCAGCUUUAUCCCCUGGUGAUUACUCUGAAGGACUGCAUGGGAGAGGUGGUGACCAGGGCGAAGCAAUCAAUGGCGUUUGUUCUGCUCCAGGAACUUGCCUGUGGUUUGCCACAGUGUUUGAUGCUGACCCUAAGAAGAGACAUUGUCUUUAGUCAAGCACUCGCUGGAUUGGUCUGUGGGUUUAUAAUCAAAUUGCACACAAGUUUACAUGAUCAAGGAUUUUUGCAACAGCUUCAUACUGUUGGAUUGCUUGUGCAAUAUGAAGGACUCCUUAGUACUUAUAGUGAAGAAGCAGGGAUGCUAGAAGACAUGGCUGUGGGAAUUUCAGAUUUGCAGAAAGUAAUGUUUAAAGUCAUUGAAGCCAAAUCAGAAGAUUUUUUACCUAUUAUCACUGGAAGGCGUGAACAUUACAUUAUAGAGGUCCAGCUUCCAGCAAAGAUGUUUGAGUUGCUGCCACAAGAGAUUAAAGAAGGAAAGCUACUUCGCAUGUAUCCAGUGCUCUUUAAUGUUGGAAUCAAUGAACAGCAAACACUUGCAGAGAGGUUUGGAGAUACCACUUUGCAGGAAAGCAUUAACCAGGAAAACUUGGAACUUCUAAAAGAGUAUUACAAGCUCUUUACAGAAAAAAUGCCUUCUGAUUGUCUGCCACAGUUUCAAGAGCAAAACGAUUUAAAGGGAUUGCUAGAAAAUCUCCAUCAAAACAUCCAGGUCAAAAAGAGAAAGAAUGUAGAAAUCAUGUGGCUGGCUGCAACGAUCUGCCGCAAGCUGAACGGAGUCCGUUUCACCUGUUGCAAAAGUGCCAAAGACCGGACAUCCAUGUCAGUGACACUGGAGCAAUGCUCCAUCCUGAGGGACGAGCAUCAGCUUCACAAAGACUUCUUUAUUCGGGCCCUGGAUUGUAUGAGAAGAGAAGGAUGCCGCAUAGAGAAUGUACUGAAGAAUGUCAAAUGCAGAAAGUAUGCAUUCAACAUGAUACAGCUGAUGGCUUUCCCAAAGUACUACAGACCUCCAGAAGGGACAUAUGGAAAAGCUGACACCUAA